CCCUCCCGUUCCCGGCCCCGUGCCGUUCCCGUGGCGGAAGGGGCGCGGCUCGGGCCGGAAGCGGCGGGCGGGCGGCGGCGGCGGCAGCGCUGGUGCUGCUCCCGGUCCCGGUCCCGGUCCCGGUCCCGCCAUGUCGGGCCGCUGCUGCCAUGGGCAGACGCCCAGCCGCGACAUCCCGGGCCCCGGCAAGUGCCUCGCCCUGCCCGACGGGGCCCCGCUGCCGCCCGGCGACUACAGCACCACGCCCGGGGGCACCGUGUUCGGGACCACGCCGGGCGGUACCAGGAUUAUUUAUGACCGAAAGUUCUUGAUGGAAUGCCGCAAUUCCCCGGGUGCCAAAACUCCUCCCUCCGACCUUCCCGACAUUCCAGGCGUCACCAGCCCCAGCGUGGAGGAGCUGAAGCUGGAAAACCACCACGUCCAGAACUGUGAGGAGAAAGCGAGCGCAGCAGGUGAGGAAGAGCAGUUUGACAUGGACAUCUGACACACCUGCCUGCAGAGUGCUGAUCCAGCGAAGCAGCAGGACUUGUCUGGAGGAUUCCCACCAGCCAGGCUUACAGCAGCCAUGCCUUGAGUGCCUUCCUGCUCUGGGAGAGGCAGAAUUCCCUCAGGAGAGCAGUGUGUGUCCUGUUCCAGGGGCUGGGCCAGGGGUGCUGCAGGAGACACUCUCCCCCCCUUGGUUUUGGUUCCAGUUUUAUGCUUUUUGUUAAUCAUUUUAAUACUGUAACAGUGACAAAAAUGCAACAUAAGGGAGAAAUAAAAUCAUGUGGUGUCUCCUGGCGUGGAGAUGAAUGCAAUAAA